AUGGGUUCGCAGGAUAAAUCCCCAAACUCCGGCAGCAAUAACAUGCAGCGUGUAAAAGUAUACAGAUUGAAUGAGGAUGGCAAAUGGGAUGAUCAAGGAACUGGCCAUGUCACCGUUGAUUAUCUGGAAAGAUCAGAAGACCUAGGGUUGUAUGUAAUUGAUGAGGAGGAUAAUGAAACAUUGCUGUUGCAUCGUAUUAGUGCAGAUGAUAUCUAUCGUAAGCAAGAUGAUACAAUUAUCUCAUGGAGGGAUCCUGAAUUCUCAACUGAAUUAGCCCUUAGCUUCCAAGAGACAACCGGUUGCUCCUACAUAUGGGAUCAAAUUUGCACUAUGCAGAGGAAUCUGCAAUUUACCUCUCUAACCAGUGAGACGUUCCCUAACGUUGCCAAUGAGCUGAAGGAGUUGCCACCAGUUGAGCUGUCCACUCUCCCGUUGAUACUUAAGAUUAUUGAAGGCAGUCUUGCAGAUCAAUCGCGGGUGUCUGAACUUAUAUUGCAGGACCAAGAUUUUUUUCGGAAGCUGAUGGACCUGUUUAGGAUAUGCGAUGAUUUGGAAAAUGUAGAUGGUCUGCACUUGAUUUUUAAAAUUGUCAGAGGGAUCAUUUUUCUAAAUAACUCACAGAUAUUUGAGAAAAUAUUUGGGGAUGAGUUGAUUAUGGAUAUAAUGGGAUGCCUGGAAUAUGAUCCUGACGUGCCUCAGGCUGAUCAUCGUAACUUCUUAAAGGAUCAUGUGGUUUUUAAGGAGGCAAUACCCAUUAAAGAUCCUGUAGUCCUGUCUAAGAUACAUCAGACUUACAGAAUCGGUUAUCUGAAGGAUGUCAUUUUACCCAGAGCCUUGGAUGACGGCAUAGUUGCAAAUUUUAACUCUAUUAUUCAUUCAAAUAAUGCCAUUGUUGUUUCUUUGCUAAAAGAUGAUAGUACCUUCAUCAAGGAAUUAUUUGCUAGGAUGAAGUCUCCUACCACUUCUGUAGAAUCAAAAAGAACAUUGGUAUGCUUUUUGCAUGAGUUCUGUACCUUAAGUAAAAGCUUGCAGAUGGUGCAUCAGCAUCGGCUAUUUAGGGAUCUCGUCAGUGAAGGCAUUUUUGAUAUCCUAGAAGAUGUUCUGCGGAGUGAAGACAAAAGGCUUGUUUUGACAGGGACAGACAUCCUUACUCUUUUCCAGAAUCUUGAUUCAAAUAUUUUGCGUGCUUAUGUGGCUAGGCAGGAAGGUGAUCUUUUUGGACUUCUGGUUAAAAAUAUGCUAACAGAUUUUGGAGACGACAUGCACUGGCAAUUUGUUGAAAUUCUUCGCAGUCUUCUGGAAGCACCUACACCAGGACCUGGACCACCGAGAGAAAACAUAGUGGAAAUUUUCUACGAGAAGCACUUGGGUCAAUUAAUUGACACAAUAACAUCGUCAUGCCGUGCAAACCAACAUGGUCAAAUUGGGGGCAAUUCUGGGAGCUCGGAUGGAGAAUCCAGGAGUCAAAGUGAUGUGAAACCUGAGAUAUUAUUAAACAUUUGUGACCUGCUAUGCUUCUGUGUUUUGCAACACCCUUUUAGGAUAAAAUGCAAUUUUCUACUUAACAGUGUAAUCGAUAAGGUUUUAUAUUUGACGAGAAGAAGAGAGAAGUAUCUUGUAGUUGCUGCUGUAAGAUUUGUUCGGGCACUUGUUUCUCGUAGUGAUGAACACCUGUUGAAACAUCUAGCAAAGAACAACGUUCUGAAACCAAUAAUAGAUGCAUUUGUUGCCAAUGGGGAUCGUUACAAUCUUCUAAAUUCUGCAGUUCUUGACCUCAUUGAAUUUAUAAGGAAGGAGAACUUGAAAGUCUUGAUCCGAUAUCUGGUUGAUACUUUCUGGGAUCAAUUGGUUAAAUUUGAAAGUUUAUCCUCUAUUCAUGCUCUCAAAGUUAAAUAUGAACAGUCUCUCGAAAGCAUGGGCACAACAAGCACUGCUAGUUUAUUAGACCAACGGAAACGACUUGAUGAACGUGCUUUGGAGAAAGAAGAGGAAAAUUAUUUUAACGAGGACAGUGAUGAAGAAGAUUCAGCAUCUGCACAAACGGGCAGUAACAGACGCCUGUCUCAGCUUCCAGUGUUGGUUAACGGGGCUCCAGUGUACAAAGCGUCACCCAGAUCUGGUGGACUUGUUGACUACGACGAUGAUGAAGAUGACGAGGAUUGGAAGCCCCCUCCCAAAAAGAUGAAAGACAAAUCUGAUGAAGAUGAGGGAUUGACAGAUUUCAGGUUGAAACGUAAAUUAGUCUCGAAGGAGGAGCCUGAGCCAAAAAGGAUACAACUUUCCCCAAGAGGCGGCUUAAAACCGAGAGGAGGGGGUGUUUUUGCUGCCUUGUGUUCCACCAUAAGUGAGGCUGUACUUCCCAACAAGAAAAUAGCAACCACAGCACCUAGCAAUGCACUCCCAAACACAAACCAAAACUCAGUCAAACCAGAUGAGGAAGAGAAGAAAGCUGUUGGUCCAUCCGAGAAUACAGAUAAAGUGGACCCCACCAACAAGGUAGAAGUUCCUAGAAGCGUCACUGACAAAUUUGAUGAGUCAGAUGAUAAUCGGAUAAAUGGUGACGAAUGCCCUCUGUUGCCGACAAAUUCAUCACCAGAAAUGGCUGUCAAUGGAUCUUGA